UUAAUUAAUACAAGUCACCUUCAGCUGACACAGAUUUUUAUUUUAUUAUGCAUCUUGGUUUCUAUCAUCUCCACAAUUUGUUUAAAAUCUUUAUACAAACAGCAGCUUUACCUCCAUCUCCACUUCCUCAUGGAUAAUCAAAUUCCUUUUCCGGUUAUCUUCACCUUUCUUGUUUUCUUAGUGAUGCUGCUGAGAAUACGGAGGAAGUCAAAAAACCUCAAGUCAAAUUCUGUUGUUGCUCUUGCUCCUCCCUCCCCAUGGAAGCUACCACUGAUAGGAAACAUGCAUCAAAUGGUUGGCUCUCUGCCCCAUCACCGCCUAAGAGAUUUAGCCAACAAAUACGGACCUCUUAUGCACCUUCAGCUUGGUGAAUUGUCCACCAUCAUCGUUUCUUCUCCAGAAGUUGCCAAACAAGUAAUGAAAACCCAUGACAUUACUUUUUCCACUCGACCAUAUGCCCUUGCUGGAGAGAUCCUGUUAUAUAACUUCAAAGAUAUUAUACUUGCGCCAUAUGGAGAUUACUGGAGACAGAUGCGUAAAAUCUGCACAAUAGAGUUGUUGAGCGGAAAAAGGGUUCAAGCGAUGCAAUCCAUCAGAGAGGAAGAGGUAUCGGAAUUCAUUAAAUCCAUUUCUUCCAAGGCCAGGUCGAAAAUCAACCUCAGCGAGAUGUUAAUUUGUUUGACAUAUGCAAUCACUUCAAAGGCAGCAAUUGGUAAGAGUGGCAAGAAACAUGGAGCAUUUGUACCACUUGUAAGAGAAAUAGCAGAGGUUUUUGGGGGUUUCAGUUUGGCUGAUAUGUUCCCUUCCAUAAAAUUGUUUCAUAUGAUCAGCGGGAUGAGGACUCGGCUUGAGAAGCUGCAUCAUGAAGUUGAUAAGAUACUUGAAAACGUCAUCAAUGAACAUAAAAUUAAGAAGGCAACUAGUGAUUAUAGUGAGGAAGUUGCCGACGAUUUUGUAGAUGUUCUCUUGAAUCUUCAGGAAUGUGGAGACUUUCAAUUCCCCUUGACAGCAGACAACAUCAAAGCAGUUGUAUUGGACAUUUUCCUUGCUGGGAGUGAAACAUCAUCUACAACUUUAGAAUGGGCUAUGUCAGAAUUAAUAAAGAUUCCAAGAAUUAUGGCAAAGGCUCAAGCAGAGGUUAGGCAGGUUUUUGAUAGAAAAGGAUAUGUAGACGAAGCUGGUCUCGAAGAUCUUGAAUUCUUGAAAUUAGUUAUUAAGGAAACUCUUAGGUUACACCCUCCUCUUCCAUUGUUAGUCCCAAGACUCUGUAGAGAGAGAUGUCAGAUUCUUGGAUAUGACAUACCCGUCAAAGCCAAAGUCAUCGUUAAUGCAUGGGCUAUUGGAAGGGAUCCGAAUUAUUGGAUUGAUGCGGAGAAGUUCUGUCCCGAGAGAUUCGACAAUAGUUCCAUUGAUUACAAGGGAAAUAACUUUGAAUUUAUCCCAUUUGGUGCUGGAAGGAGGAUGUGCCUUGGCAUGUCAUUUGGAAUAGCAAGCGUUGAGCUUACACUUGCAAAAUUACUUUACCAUUUUGACUGGAAGCUCCCUAACAACAGCAAACAAGAGCUGGACAUGAUGGAGAGUUUUGGUUCUUCAGUUGCAAGAAAAAAUAGUUUGUAUGUAAUUCCCAUUCCUUACCAUGCUACAGUUGAUCAGUAAAAACAUGAAGCUACUAUUUCCUUAUGUAAGCAUUAAAUUCCAGUGUUGUUUUUCUAGCACCAUGGGACCAUGAUCAGUUAUCUUGUACCAUUGUUCUAAUUUCUAGCCUUCUGGGCUUGCAUCUGCUCAGCAAAAAUAAAUGGGCAGUAGUCUUCCUUACUUAUGUUA